AUGAGCGAGCUCGGUGUUCCAGAGGCACCGGCCUCUGCGGAGGCUCCCGGCGGGCAGGAGAAAGCCAAGGCUGGGAAUUCCAAGAAGGUGGAGGAGGAAGAGGAGAUCGACAUCGACCUGAGCGCUCCCGAGACGGAGAAGGCGGCGCUCGCCAUCCAGGGCAAGUUUCGCCGCUUCCAGAAACGGAAGAAGGACUCGGGGCCCUGAGCGGCGCCCGCCUCUCUGGCGCGGCGCUUCCAGGGGCGCCGUCCGGCUCCGGCUC